UCCCCACUUCUCCCUUGCCCUGUAUGUGUGUUGUUGAACUGGGUGAGGUUCUACUUGCGAACGAAGGAGAGAAGUAAAUAAUUUAAAUGUCUCAUCUUUCUUGCUAGCCAACUAGCUUCCUAGGACGGAAGUUAAGCUAGCGAGACAACACGAGACCCCCUAACUACUCAAGCGGAGGCUCGUACGGAAACGGGCAGUAGGAGUUUGUAGUUUGACAUUAGCUAGCUAACGUUGGUCAUUCAUUCAUUCAGACGCGAGGUGUGGGAUGGUUUUCUUUUGUGUUAGCUAUAGCUGGAUAGCUACUCCGUUUGCUAUGGCUAGCUAGCUUCUGCAUUUGACAGCAGUGACCGCUCGAGCUACAUCAUGCGAUUCCGCAAGGAUACGAUCCUCACCUGUUUUCUAGCUAUCAAGACAAAUAAGAUGCUCGCUUGUCCAAGGGAAGUAGCCACAUUUGAUUUAAAACCGUAGUUGGUAUUAGGGAAUAAGGCGGACACUGAUCUUGAGAAUUGGCUACUGUAGCCGUCAUUGGCUAUCUAUCCUCGGCGAAACCGGUUUGGUAAAGUGGCUAAAGUGAUUGCUAGCAUAGCUACAUUUGGAUGCAUACGGAAAAUGGCAUCAACAAAGGCAAAGGUUGGGAUAAUUAAUGAAAGCAACUCCAUUCGUGAGAGUGCCAAGACCUGCGCGAGCAGUCCCAUGUUGUUGGCCGAAGCAGCAUCGUUAACACUGAACAACAGGACAUACUCACUCGAUGACCUGGACACCAUUUCCACAGUUGGCACAGGGACCUUUGGCAGGGUGUUCCUGGUGAAAGACAAGAAGAGCAGGGCGUUCUACGCUCUGAAGGCUAUGAAGAUCCCCGACGUGAUCCGGCUGAAGCAGGAGCAGCACGUCCACAACGAGAAGGAAGUCCUGACGGAAGUCAACCACCCCUUCCUCAUCAGACUGUUCUGGACCCACCAUGACGAUUGUUUACUAUACAUGCUGAUGGACUACGUUCCAGGUGGCGAGCUGUUCAGUUACCUCCGUAGCCGCGGGCGCUUCAGCAACACCACGGGCCUCUUCUACUCCACGGAGAUCGUGUGUGCCAUCGAGUACCUCCACUCCAAAGAGAUCGUCUACCGAGACCUGAAGCCGGAGAAUAUACUGCUGGACAGCGAGGGACACAUCCGCCUCACGGACUUCGGCUUCGCUAAGAAGCUCUCGGACAGGACGUGGACUCUGUGUGGAACCCCGGAGUACCUGGCCCCAGAGGUCAUCCAGAGCAAAGGUCAUGGCCGGGCGGUGGACUGGUGGGCCCUGGGGAUCCUCAUCUUUGAGAUGCUGGCUGGGUACCCACCGUUUUUUGAUGACAAUCCUUUUGGUAUUUAUCAAAAGAUCCUCGCCGGAAAGCUGGAAUUCCCGCGGCAUCUGGAUUUCUAUGUAAAUGUAGACGUGUGUGUGUGUGUGUGUGUGAGACCGUGUGUGUGCCUGCCCGCGCACUCAGACAACGGAUCUACGUGUGUGUGCUAACGGCUGCGUCACACAGAGCAACCAUCCUCCCAAACGACCGGGUCAAUCAGCCUCCCAUGCAGAAGAUGAAGAGCUAGCUACGCUGAAUGUGGGGUGUGGGCCCUCACUAAUGACACACCCUGCUGAGUUGGAACUCGUCCUUUUAAACCCAUCACAACCGUCACACUGCUCCUCAGAACAGCUGGGGGUUGGAGUAAUGUGAGGAGAUUACCAGCUUUAGGAGGAGAGGUCCUGGGACGCACUCAAUCAGCCCUGACACACUGGCCCAACCGGAUACCUGGGAGAGGCCACACACACACACACACAGUGUUACCUAACGCACAUACACACACAGUCCCGCUGCUACCAAACACACACACACACACACAGUCCCACUGCUACAUAACACACUAACAAUAGAGCCCCCAAACACUUAAGCCGUCUAUCUUUUGGCCACCAGACAGACAGAAGGGUUUUCUUUUUUUAAUAUUCCCUCCAGCUAUAUCACUGUCACUUUGACCCACUCCCAUCCAUCCAUCAGAACUGAUGGGUAGAACCUGAGGCAGAGUUGCGUGGCUCUGGCUCUGGCUGUGUUUGUCUGUCCAUUGCAGUAACUAUUUUCUAUCGCAGAGAAGAUAAGACGUGUUACAGUAUUGCUGAACCGGUGUAAGACCAACUUAUUGUAAAGUGUUAUAUGCCAUUCAAAUACGCCAUUCUAAAUAUGCUGUAUUUAGUAACAUCACUGUGCAGGGCUUUCUGCAUAGAAAAGUCUUGGGGGGGGGGGGGUGCAAAGUGUUUUUUCAGGCCGCCUUAAUCCAAACAGAAAGAAAGAAAGAUACAAAAUGUUUUCAGUGUAAACUUAAAUGACUAAAACCAGAUAGAAACUAAACCAGAUAGAAACUAUGAAGAAAAGAUAAUGGGCCUAUGUAUUUUUAAAUAAGAGAACUGUCGACUAACAAUCACCAAAAUAAAAACGAGAAUCAAAAAUUCAAAAAACAAUGCAUUCAGGAGUAUUUUUGUCAUGGCAUGGGGCCCCCAUUUGAUUUUGUUAUAAUGUUUGAGUCACUCAGAUAGCCUAAGUCAUGGCAAAAUGUGUAGAUCUGCAGGAAAUGUGCUUUAAAACUGCAACAAAGGCAAAAUGUGUAGAAUUCCACAAAAAUGUUGGUCGGUGACUUCACCAUUGGCCAUUCCUACCACCUAAGCCCCAUUUUGAUCCAGAAAAAAAGCCUUGCUGUGUGGUAUAUUUCCAUAGAAAUGUACAGUGACAUUGUUUGUCGCUUGCAUAUUGCAUAAAAUAGAAUUGUCUCAGAUUGGGCAAUCAAUUGGGGUUAAGGAAAGUUGCAUUUCCCCUCUACGUUUUAAUUUAACCAGGAAAAAAACUGUUGAUGUUAGAAAUGUCUUUUGUGAGGGAGACCUAGCGAGAGGUCAGCAGGAAGUAGCCAGUGUGUACAUACAAUUACAAUGGUCAUUGACAUUUUCUUUUAAUCAUUGCUUUAAACUCUGAUUAAAGUCUUUAAAGUCUUUUGUAGUUCGUUCCAGGACCAAGGAGUAUUAUAGGAGUAGGAUUGUUUCCCCAUUUCAGUCCUUGCCCUAGGAACUGUAAAAGAGGGCACUGAAUGAGAGCGGAGGCUGUCGGAUUGUGAAGUUGUUGUUAGUUGGGAGGAUUUUAAGACACUAAAAUGCAGACUUUCGAUAAUCGGAUAGUAUAUUUACGUCUGCUGGCAUCUCGUUGGUUGUGAGAUAUACGUCAGCUUUAUUGAAAGUUCACUCUGUCAGCGCCGGCCGCAUAUCAUCGGAAAACUUACACUGUCAUUUUAAAGACAAAUUCAUCCCUAAAGUAUGCCUACUCCAGCAUCUUCAUAGUUGUGAAAAGUUUCACUUUAAAACCUGUCACUUUCCCUCAAUUAAAAGAGAGGGAGUGAAAGGGCAAGAGCGAGAGAGAUGUUUCUGUCAGGAUGCACCUCACAUAUACACACACACACACACACAGGAUGUACCGCUCUGGUACCCCAUGGCACCUUUAUGAGUCCGUCUGGUUAUCUGUUGUUCCAAUGGCCAAGCUCCUCCAUCUUGUUGUCAGCUUUUGGAUUGAAACGGACUUCUUGGCUUCUGACUGAAACUGCAGACCUGCAGUAGAUCUGCUGUCUGAACACACACACACACACUGCUGUCUGGAGAUAGAUUGUCAGUGUGAACUCAUUGUAACUCUCUCUCUGACUGUCUUUCUAUUGUU